CCGAGAUCUGAGAUCUGGCUUUGUCAUGGCAUGAUCCAAUACCCUUGGCACUCAAUGCGUAUAUGUGGCAUCCGAUCUCUUCGAUUCACCGCCAGAACCACCUACUCCCAAAAGCGCACCUCCCAACGCCUCUCCACCAUGCCAAUCGCUCUGAUCACUGGCGCCAGCCGUGAAGAUACCAUAGGCUUCGAAGUCGCCCGACAGCUCGGUGCCAAAGGAUAUGACCUCAUUCUCCCUACUCGUUCCAUAGAUGCGGGGAGGAAAGUCUCUGAAGUGCUUAAGACAAAGCAUGAGGUCAACAACGUCCACGUAGUCGAGCUCGACUUGACCAAGCCGGAAUCUGUCAAGGCAUGCGCAGACGAGGUGAAGAAGCAGACGGGAGCUCUGGACGUGUUGGUAAACUGCGCUGGGAUCUCCCUGGCAUCCACCUAUGACAAAGGAAUCGAAGCGUUGAAAGGGUGGAAAGACUAUAGCUUGACUGAAGGCUUGAGAGCAAUUGAUACGACACAUGAUGACCUGGAAGCGAUCUUCCGCACCAACGUUUUCGGGGCCAUCGAACUGACUAAUGCGCUCGCUCCUCUUCUACUCCAGUCCAAAGCCCCUCGCUUGGUCUUCGUCUCGACCACGAUCGGUACAUUUGAGUCUGCCGACAAGCCAGACGCAUUCAAUCACUACUUUUUCGCAUAUGCAUCAAGCAAGGCAGCUCUCAACAUGGCAGCACUGUCGUACAGCAAGCAGCUGCCAAAGUUGAACCCGGCGAUCAAAGUCAAUCUCGUCUGUCCAGGGUAUCCAGCCACUGCCCUGAACGGAUACCAGGGUUUCGGGACUACGCCUGAUUCAGCCAUAGGGAUUGUCGAGCUGGCCACGGUCGAUGAACACGGACCGAACGGUGAAUUUCUCGCCGCAUAUGCUCCAUAUGGAGAGCCAGGAAAGAUGGGAAGAGUUCCUUGGUAGAUACAGAAGUAGCAAGACAGUGCCAAAACGGCCUCCUUCAACCUUUCCCUUAAGUGAUUGGAUGAUUGAGGGUCGCGCAACGCCUUAGCUCAAAUCAAAAGCAUCUGGAGAUGUAACUUGUCCCGUUCUAGAGCU